AAGGUGGGCGGCCGCCGCCGCAGGUCAGGACGCCGACGGACAGGCAGUUUAGGUCGCAGCUCGAGCAGCGUCCCGUCGUCACCAGGAUGUGCGCCCCGCACGAGAACUACUACAAGAGAAGGAAGAAAGUGAUACAAUUCGCCGACACCAACGUCACUGGCGCAACAACCAUUCAACCACAGUCCUUCUGCUCCAACGAUGGCCGUGCAAGAAGACGCUGCUAGAGCAUGGUGGAGGUCGCACCGCGCGGCCCGCGUGCGGAACCUCGUCAACGUGACCGACAAACUGCGGUCCGGCCGCGGACAGCCGAGUGCCGAGGCCCUGAGCGACGCGCUGCUGGAGGCGAUGCGGGACGGCAACAAGGGGCAGCUGGAGUACAUAAUCGGCAGGGUGGUGGACGGCCGUCUGAGGGAGGACAGUCUGGCCGCCGCGUGGCGCAGGGCGCGCGUGCAGAGGCUGCCCCUGAGCGAGGACAUGCAGCAGUGUGCAGUCGACUCCAUGGUAGCGCUGCGCUACGGGUCGACCACCGAGUGGCUGAGCGGCGCGCUGCUGGAGGCGCUGCAGGACAACAGCGUGGAGGGCGUGGAGGCCGUACUCCGCACAGUGACGAACGCCCGACUACAGAAGGACAGUCUGGAGGCGGCGUGGCGCCAGGCCCAGGACCAGGGCGUGUUCGUAAGCAACAAAAUGAAAAAACUUCUAAAGAAUCUUCUAAACGGCUACUCGGAGCUCCUGAGCAGGGAGCAGACCCUGGGGUGGGACGCGCUGUGGGGCCUGGUGGACCGGCUGCUGGACGAGUACCUGCCGCGCCUGCUCGAACUACUCGGGCGCGACGGCGAGGAGGAGGACGAGGUCGUGGAGUUGGCCACGCUCUCGGCCCUGGCCAUCCGCGAGCUGAAGGGGCACUUCUAUCGGUCCUACGGCGAGGUGCCCUGGGAGGAGGUCGAGUACCUCCUGGCGAUGUUCGUCGAGGCGCGGACCGUCUACACGACCCUGACAUUCCUUGUGACCCAGGCGGACAAAAUGAGAGUGCACCUAGAGUUUUUCAUGGAGAAGGUAAGGGUUAUGAAAACCACGUACAAAAUCCGCCCAGACAGAGAGGCAGCUGUGAAGGAAAUGAAAAGAGCCCAUGGAGAGAGAGCCGCAGUAACAGCCAAGGCAGCUGUCGACCAGCGACUGAAGACCAUCCUCGAGGACUUCACGCUGCUACGAGACUGGUACUCACUUGACGAGGUCGUGAAGGCCCUCGAGGCCGCCAUCGAAGCCUUGCGACUACCAUCGCAGAUCUGGGAGGAGUGGGGGUGGCUGGCUUUGCGAAGAGGUCUUUUCGUAGCCGGGGAGAAGAUGAAGAACUCGUGGACGUCGCCCAACUUGUCCAGUCGCUACGUCAAGCUCCUGGAGCUGACGGCCCCGGAAGGAAUCCUCAAGUUGUUGUGCAGUUGGAUUCGUGACGUUCAGGAGCACAGUGCGGCGGGAACCAACGCGGAGGCACUGACCAUGUCUGACCUGGAUUCUGAGCAGAGGAGGAAGUGGUUAGAGGAGGAACUGGGAAGAGUGCUGCACACGGUCUCAGCCAUGCUCACCGAAGCUGAAACUGAAUUACUGCGAAAGGGGAUGAAUCUGGAUAACGUUCCACAAACCGACAGAGUGGCAAACUCACUACGAAACAAGAGUGUGACGUCUGACGCAACUCUGAUCUACGAAGAAGUGAUAAAAAUACUAAAAGCUGCCAACCAAGGAAAACGCGACGAGAAACUACACAAAUUAAUUAGUGAACUGGGGGACUUGCAACCACGGGAAAACGUGAUUAUUGCCAUUCAAUGUAAUUAUAAUAAAAGCCCCCACCUAAGUCCACUCACGGCAUUGACCGCGAAGGUGUAUUCGGCUGUGCUUCUACACUGCCCGCAAGAUGUUCCCCGAAUCCGCCAACUUCUGGAUUGGAAAAGUGUCGAAGGCCUGAGUAACUUCCAAGCCAAACUGAAUGAGUCAAGUUGUAUUGGUGGUGGCUCUGGUGAGGCAUCUCGCCACGCCAUUGAGCGCGCCCUCUCCGCCCUGGAGGCCAUUGAACGAGACUCCAACCAUGUGAGACCGGUAAGGCAUUACGCCGUAGAGGGCGGGCUGCAGGCGCUGGCCUCCCGCUGGUACAAGGACGACCAAGCUCCGCCACUGCUGGUCGCGCACGAGCCCGCCUUGUUCGGCCGCCAGUUGAGGAACCACCUGAACCACAAGGACCUGGCCAUGACGGUCUUCUUUCCCACGGUUGAAGAAUGUCGCAGUCUCUGGGGACUUCUUCUUUCUAGCCGCAGCCUAGUCGCUGACCGCCGUGGCGUGGCACACAGAGUACAGGAGCCGGCAGCCGCCGCAGCUGUAAACGCUGAAGUGUUGCGGCUGGCCAGGCUCAAGGACGAGAUGUUCCGCGGCGCGCGCAGGGGAGGCCUGGCCGAGGUGCAGCGCGCCGCGGGGCUCGGCGUGGACCUCUCCAGCAGGGACUGCCGGGGCCGCACGCUGCUGCACGCCGCUGCCGAGGCCGGCCAGGCCCGCCUGGUGGACUGGCUGCUAAAGACCGAAGCCCUGGACCCGCUCGCCCAGGACCGGGAGGGGCGGAGCGCGCUGCACUGCGCUGCGACCGCGGAGGUGUCCCAGCUGCUGCUCGAUGAAGGCCGAGUGACGCCUAGUAUUUACGGGUUCUCUCCACUUCACACCGCGGCGCUCGCGGGCCGGGCCGACGUGAUCCUGGCGCUCAUUCCUGACUACGACCUCAACGAUAAGAACUCCAACCUUACACCCCUGCACCUUGCUGCACGCGGCGGCCACGAGGCCGCGGUGCACGUGCUGCUGCAGGCGGGCGCGCGGUACGAGUCUGUCGGGGACCAGGCCACCCCGCUCACCGCAGCAGCCCAGGUCGGCAGCACUCCCGUGGUGAGCCUCCUCCGGGACCUGCCCGUGCUUCAGCAGCCCUCAGAUGAAGACUUCUGGUUAGCUGCUGGCUUGGCCGGGCUGCUCCGACACGCGGACGUGUUCUCCACCCUCACAGCUGAGCUAAAGCGGCGCGGCGCGCAGCUAGACUGCGAGGCGGCGCAGUUGUGCGUAUCCAGAGUGGCUGUGGGGGGCAGCACCGAGGUCGCCAAACACCUGCUGGAGUACUGGCCGGAUGCUGUGCGGCUGGAGUUCGACACCUACUACCAGAGGACUGCCCUUACCCUCGCCGCAGAACACCGUUACGCUGCCCUGGUGCGCUCCCUGCUGAGGGUCGGGGCUGACCCGCUGCAGCGCGACAAGGACUCUGGCACCGCGCUGCACGCCGCGGCUGCUGGUGGCUCCGUGGAAGUGAUCGACGCCCUGUGGGACCAGACGCAGGCGGAGCAGGACGCAGGGAGGAGAGCGGCGCUGCUGCGGCUGUGGGAGGGCCGGGAAGAGAAGGCCCCACCGCUGUGCCACGCGGCGGGAGGAGGCCACCUGGAGGCCGUGCAGCGGCUGGUGGAGCUGGGCGCGGACAAGGACGUAACGCCUCCAGAUAAACCUGAUGAGACGCCUCUCUGCUCGGCCGCAGCAGCUGGCCGCGCGGAGGUAGUGCGGUGGCUGCAGCGGCGGAGUGCCCGUGAGGGUGCAGCACUGCAUAUGGCUGCGGGUAUGGGGCACCUGGCCGUGGUGAAGCUCCUCGUGCCGGCCAGCCAGCUCCCGAAGCAGCAGCAGCGCGAGCGCCUGGACCGGCUGCAGCUGGUGGAUUCAGGUGGGAACGCACCCCUAGUCAGUGCUGUGGCGUCGGGCUCGCUGGGGGUGGUGAAGUACCUCUUGGUGCGGGAGCUGCAGCUGCUGGAGGCACACUACAGCAGGACAGUGAAGGACAGGCGGUGUGUGACGCCGCGCAAGGUCACCGUAUACUCGCUUUACCGCGAGGGGCUCUCAGCUUUGCAGUGGUCUGUCUGUAGUGACGCCCCCUCCAGUGUGUUCCGCGAGCUGCUCCGGUACAUGGAGGACCCGCGGCUGAUGGAGCUGGGCGGCACGGAGGUACUGGCGGUGCGCGACAUGGUGCGGGCGGCGCUGGACCUGGUGGAGCCCGUCAGUCUCGAGUGGACCUCACGGUACGGCCGGGGGAAUCACGUCGAGGAGAUGAAGAAGGUGCUCAACGAGUCCCUCCGGCGGCUGCAGGACUCGGCUGCUGCGCAACGCCUCUGCACCGCGGGUCAGCCUGAGUGAGCCGCACCGACUGCAGCUGUUGAUGACAAAGUUAUUAGAAAAUAAU